AUCUCAUUAACUACUUUUAUGGCAGGUUUCAAUGUUGAUAUGUUAACUAAAGCAGUAGCUCUAUCAUCAAGACAAAGACAAGAGCUACUAAGACAAUUUAAAUGCACUCCAGAUGGGUUCUGUCUCCACAGUUUCUGUGAUAAAGGAGCAUGGGCUGAUCCUGCUCUUCGUCCAGUACUUGAGUAUUGUGGAUACAGACUGCUUAAUGGUCACAUACAGUUCAGAGGAACCAAUGAUAGGAAUGUAAUGGGUAGAGAUGUGAUCAGGUCUACCACAAUGGCUGUACUUGCUGUUGAUAUUAUACUACAUAAAGACACUGAAGGAACAAUAUUAUAAUAAUGAUAAUAACAACAACAAUAAUAAUGAAUUAAUUGUUGAUUUGCAUGUUUUUAUAGAUCCAUGUAUCAUAAUUAGAAUGCAGUUAAUUAAUGCAUGUAUAAUAAUUACAUGCAAUUCAUUUCUCAUUGACUUAAAACUCAAAUAAUAGUAAAUGCAUUGUACCAAGAGUAGUAGAAUACAUAAUUUAUGUACUCUUGAUUAUCCCUGAUUAUACAUUUUGAUGAUGAUUAGAUCUAUGAUGUAACAAAUUAUAGUGAUCAUAGAAGGGCGUUACCUCCAAACAAAAUGGCAGCCAAAGCACCAGACUAUCAACCAGCGGAGAGGAGCAGACACUCCACUGUACGGGUAGGAGACUACCUGUACAUGUGUGGUGGGGUCCAGCCUGGUCUCCCUAAAGUACAUAAUAAUGAAAAGAAGAAAUCAAUGUGUUCUGUGAUGGAGGUGUGUCAUGUAAGGACUGGUAGGUGGGAGCAAAAACCCACCACUGGUAACGCUCCACUGGGUGUUAGGGGCUAUGCAGCUGCUGCCAUUGAAAGGGAAAUAUUUUAUUUCGGAGGCUAUUGUAAUCAUGAUUACUGUUAUCAUAAUAGUUUAUACAGUUUUAAUGUUGAUACCUUCAACUGGAAGGAACUCUCUCCUACUACAUCUCAUCAUGGUCCUAUGAUGAAGCACCUCUGUGACAUGAUAGCAAUAAAAGUGAACGGUGAGGACUAUCUUGUAGUAAUUGGAGGAUUGGGACCAUCUUCCAAUAAUACACCCAACCAACCUGGUACCCAGUACAGUAAAUUUCGUUCUAGUCGGCAACGAUGCAAUGAGGUCCAUUUCUAUAAACUCUCAACAGGUUAG